CUUCAUCAUGGCCACAGAAGUUAGCUCGAGCACUGCAACAGGAAAUCCCCAUCAGCAGUCAACUUCUGAGCAACAAGAGCCUCCCAAGUUUGACAAAGCAGAGAACCAGCCAAAGGAGAAUCAGCAGCUAACAGAUGUAGUGGACAAGCAAACAGCUGCAGUACCAGUCAACGGUGGUCCAGCCCACAAAGAGGAGGCAGAGAAGGAGCAGUCCUCAGGCAGCAAAGGAUUGUCUCGUUUCUUACCCGGCUGGCUCAAGAGACCCAAGUCUCAGAUUUCAGAAGAAGAGAUUGGAAAGGAAACUGGAGUGGCUUCUGUCGAGGACAACACUAUACAACUACAGCAACAACAACAGAAUUCAGUAGAGCAAAAAGAAGAAAGAGGACAAGGGGCCCCUAUUGCUGAUCAGGAGUUGGAUGAUAAUAUUGAGGAAGAAGCAACUUUAGAUUUACAUUCCCUGAGUAGUGUUGAGACGCAGCCAGCACAAGAAGAGAAAGAAGAUUUUGUUCCAGAGAAAGAUCCAGUGAUUAAGGAUGAAGUAAAGCUAGAAACUCCUGAGGAGAAACAAGGUCAAAGUACAGGGCUAAAAACCAGUGAAGUUUCAAAACCACCUCUGAAGAUUACCAAAAAACCUAAAACCAUGCACUGCAAGGUGACUCUAUUGGAUGAAACUGAAUUUCAGUGUGAUGUUGAGAGACAUUCCAAGGGACACGAACUCUUUACCAAAGUGUGCCAGCAUCUUAACCUGCUGGAGAAGGACUAUUUUGGUCUGGUCACUUGGGAUUCAACAAAUCAGAGAAAUAUGGAUGACAGUCUGAAAUCAGACCUGGAUGAGCAGUCAGAGUGUGUAAAAGUUGACCACAAGACAGAAGUAGACGCACUGAAGCUGGAAAAUGGCUUCAGCGUGAGUCAAGUGGCCAACCCAAUGGAGCUUCCACAGGGACGGGACUCUAUCCCUUUCUCUGUGAUUAACAGCGAGGAGGAGGAAGGAUUGUACCUCUUUCAGAGCAAGGAGAAGGGGCAAAAGCAGUCAGAGAUAGGCCUGAAUAUGCAAGUUGAGGCUUCAGGGGAGGUUACAGCAAAGGCCCUCUUGAGCUCUACUGCUCCUCAACUAAACCACCAUCUGAAGGAAAGGGAACAGAAAGACCAGUCUUUAAAGAUAAAUGGCGAUAUAUCUUAUUACCAUGAACCUCCUCAGCUAAUCCGCUGUUUUCAGCCGCCACUUGUAAAGACUCAAACUGUAACCAUCUCUGACAUGCCCAACUCUGAAAAUGAGAUUGCAACAAAUGAAGUUCCUGUUGUUCACACUGAAACAAAAACCAUCACCUAUGAAGCAGCACAGACAGAUGAUGGUAAUGGUGACUGUGAACCUGGGGUAUUGAUGAGUGCUCAAACUAUCACAUCUGAGACCGUCUCCACCACUACAACCACUCAAAUCACAAAGACCAUUAAGGGAGGAAUUUCAGAAACCAGGAUUGAAAAACGAAUUGUAAUCACAGGAGAUAGUGAUGUUGACCAUGAUCAGGCUUUGGCACAAGCCAUCAAGGAAGCCAAAGAGCAGCAUCCAGAUAUGUCAGUGAUGAAGGUAGUGGUCCAUCAAGAAACAGAAGUGGCUGAGGAAUAAGACGAG